AUGAGGACCAAACCUCUGAACCUACUGCGGACAGCGACACAGUGUUGUCGAUCGGUACCACGACAAACGUCGAUCCGAAUAACGAAAUGUGCCUCCCGGUGGUCGUCGACUUCUGCCUCUACAUCUUCCGACUCGGAACGACAAUGGUCGACGCCGCUGGCGAAGACGCUGGCUGAAGCUAUUACAACGACAGGUCCAAUCUCGGUAGCGGCGUAUAUGCGACAAUGCCUCACUCACCCCGAUGGCGGUUACUACACAAGACAAACAUCGACUGGACAGGAUCAAUUUGGCACAAAGGGUGACUUUGUGACAUCGCCAGAGAUCAGCCAGGUAUUUGGCGAGCUUAUUGGUAUAUGGCUAUACGCAGAGUGGCUUGCCCAAGGAAGGAAAGACAAGGUGCAGAUAAUCGAGGUUGGGCCCGGACGAGGAACGCUAAUGGACGAUGUACUGAGGACCAUAUCUAGUUUCAAGGCUUUCACAAAUAGCAUCGAGGCUAUUUAUCUCAUCGAAGCAUCACCUUACCUACAGAAACAGCAAGCAAAGUUGCUCUCUGACACCGAUGAUCUGAAGAAGAGCGACAUUGGUCUAACCGCACAAUGCAAGUACAUGCCUUCCUGCAGGAUCGAGUGGUGCGAAGACAUCAGGCUGGUGCCAAAAGAGCAUACGGCAGCGCCUUUCAUACUAGCCCACGAGUUCUUUGAUGCACUUCCAAUCCACGUCUUCCAGAAUAUCUCUCAAUCUUCGGUGCCUGCUUCAUCGACCAUCAUCACGCCAACCGGCCCUAUCAAACCCAAGCACGGCGUGACAACCCCCAAGAAUACCUGGCAUGAGCUGGUUGUGUCGCCAACUUCGCCGUACUCGGAUAUGGGCGCAAGUGGCUCUUCGCCAAAGAAAGAGGAUGAAAAAUUGGACUUCGAAUUGACCGUUUCGAAGACACCGACGCCACACUCCUUAUACCUGCCGAAGUUGUCUGAUCGCUACAAGAAGCUAGAGAAUACUCCAGAUGCGAUCAUCGAGAUCUCGCCUGAAUCUUUUGCCUACGUAUCUGACUUCGCUGUACGGAUAGGCGGCAGCGCUCCUAAGCCUAGCAACACCUCAGCAUCCCAUACUCCCUCGAGCAGAAGUGCUCCUGUUGAGGAAAGCUUCGUAAAAGCGCAGCCGUCUGGUGCAGCUUUGAUCUUGGAUUAUGGACCUUUGGAUACUAUCCCAGCGAACACUCUCCGGGGCAUUCGCUCACAUACCACUGUCUCGCCUUUUGCAUCGCCCGGUCUGGUAGAUCUCUCGGCUGAUGUGGACUUUCUCGCCCUUGCAGAUGCAGCUUUAGAUGCUUCUCCGGGUGUUGAGGUUCACGGACCCGUUGAACAGUCUUUCUUUUUAUCGACAAUGGGCAUUAAGGAGCGCGCUGAUCGCUUACUUAAGGCUGCUAAGGAUGAAGAUACGCGAAGACGCUUGGAAACAGGCUGGAAGCGACUUGUCGAUAGAGGGCCAAACGGCAUGGGUAAAACCUACAAAGCUAUGGCUAUCGUGCCCUAUAAGAAGCAAGGCCCAGUCCGACGGCCGAUCGGGUUUGGCGGAGACAUCGUUGGCUGA